UUCGUAACAACGAAUGCGCGUGGACGUCACCUCGCGCUUCCGAGAGCUUGCCCCAGCGCGGCCCUGCGUGUCGUCAAGACGCCCUAAUGCCUUCUCCAUUGAAGCCAUGGAUUUGUUGGGCAGCUUACUGGAGAUAGAGAAGCUGCUGCGUCGUGUGAAGCCAAAGUAUCUGCUGUCCAAGUGCUUCGUCCGGACGAAAGGGUCCCGUAUGAGCGAGGAGGACAAGGACGAGCUGGACGCAGACCUGGUGGAGCUUAUUAAGAACUGCAGCAGCAGAAUCGACGCACUUAAGGCGACGGUGGAAGCUCAACGUCUUGUCUCCCAUGUGGAAGAAUAUCAACGAGAAGUGGUGGCCUACUUGCUGGAGCGGUUGAAGAGUAUUGCAGACGGCGCGAAGCAGAUGCAGAAGAAAAGAUACCAGCAGCCAUUUCUGCUGUCGUCACGCUUGCUGCCUGAAGACGAUCGACAGGAGUUGGAUGCGCUGGAACAGAAGAUCGUGCGGACGAGAACCGAGCAGGGCAAGAAGACACAGAUCUCUCCGAGGAUUGUUGCCGUGCCGACGCUCUCGUCUCCCGUGUCUCCACCUUCGUCGCCAUUAUUCCAAGUGAAGCCAGAAAUCCGCCAGCGCGCCACUUCGAAAGUGCGAAAGCCCACAUCCACAGCUCGGCAAGCGCCGGUGUUUGCCUCUCAAAGCGACGAUCUUGCGUUCACAGAGGAGGAAGAUCGUCGAUUCCGUGUGGAGAAUGUGAUGCUGCAUCGUCACUUCCAGGAAAACCUCGAGGAUGCCAAGUGUGUACUUCGUGGUUAUAAUUUGUGGGAGUUGGAAAAUGGAGUCGAAGAUGGCCGAGAUUUCCAACUUAAUGGGUCAAUUCGCGGACAAGAUCAUGGAGCAGCAAACGGACAUUGA